UUCCUUCUGCAGAUCGAACACGGCUACAUGAAGGUCCCCGAGACGGUGGCACUGACGCUGGUUCUCGGACGAGACCCCAUGCGGGGUCGCAAAGCCCUGUGCUGACCACGGCCCUCCUGUGAUACGAGGUUGAGGACAAUGAGUCUCACGAGCGAUCGAGGGACAUCAGGGAGCAUCUUUGACCUGGACUAUGCCUCCUGGAAGAUCCGCUCGACGCUGGUGGUCGCUGGCUUCGCCUUCUACCUGGGCGUGUUCGUCGUGUGCCACCAGCUGUCGUCCUCCCUCAACGCCACGUACCGCUCCCUGGCGGCCAAGGAGAAGGUCUUCUGGAACCUGGCCGCCACGCGCGCGGUGUUUGGGGUUCAGGGCACGGCUGCGGGUCUGUGGACUCUGCUGGCGGACCCCGUGCUGCAGGCCGACAAAGCCCACGCCCAGCAGGACUGGUCCUGGUUCCACAUCACCACGGCCACCGGCUUCUUCUUCUUCGAAAACGCAGCCCUUCACCUGUCCAACUUUGUCUUCCAGGCCUUCGACGUGUUCCUGGUUCUCCACCAUCUCUUUGCCUUCCUGGGGUUUCUGGGGCUAGUGGUGAACCUCAGAGCUGGCCACUAUCUGGCCAUGACCACUCUGCUGCUGGAGAUGAGCACGCCCUUCACCUGUGUGUCCUGGAUGCUCCUGAAGGCUGGCUGGUCCGACUCUCUGUUCUGGAAGGUGAACCAGUGGGUCAUGAUCCACAUGUUCCACUGCCGCAUGGUCCUCACCUACCACAUGUGGUGGGUCUGCUGCGGGCACUGGCGCGGCCUGCUCGCCAGCCUGUACCCGCCGCACCUGGCGCUCUUCCUCCUGGGCAUGAGCCUCCUGACGCUGGUGCUCAACCCCUACUGGACCCACAAGAAGACACAGCAGCUCCUGCACCCGGUGGACUGGAACUUCGCGCAGCCGCAGCCCCAGAGCAGCGCCCUGCCCAGGACCAACGGCCAGGUGCCCCCGAAGAAGGGGCAGUAGCCGCCGGGGACACGA